AUGGCUGAGUACUCCUCCUUGAAGGUGGCCGAGCUGAAGGCGGAGCUCAAGAAACGUGGCAUCCCACAGACCGGUCUGCGUCUCAAGCAGCAUUUCAUUGACAAGCUCGUGGAAGAAGAUGCCAAGGCACAGCCUGAAGCAGAAGCAGCAGGCACUGAGCCCGAACCAGCUGAAGAACAACAGCAACAUCCCGCCCCAGAACCUACCCCUGCGCAAGAACCGGGACAACCAGAAACAAAAGAAGCAGAACAAGAUGUGGCGCCUGCUGGUGACAAGACACAGGAGGCGCAGAAGCAUGAGGAACAGCCAACUCAGCAGCAGCUAGAGAUGGUGGUCGAUGCCCAGCCGCAACAACCAGAACAGCCACCUGUUUCCACCAAUGGGCCCGCGGGCGAGGCUCCUCAAACCCAAGUCACUGACAUGGCCCAGGCAGCAGAACCCGUUGAGCAAGCCCAUAGCGAUGCAGCACAGGCGCCUCCAGCUGAAGAACCCGAGACCAUACCUGCUGCAGUAUCUGACAAGCUAUCCGUCCCGCCUGCUGCCCAAACCUCGGAAGCAAAUACCGAGCUGUCAACACCUGUUCCCACAGAAGAAGCGCUGGAAGACAGGCGGAAACGAAAGCGACGCAGCCAGAGUCCUGCGCCUACAGCUGAGGAACUUGCAACUAAAAAGGCUCGGGCGAAAGAGGAGGGCCCACCGGUCGUGUCGGAGGAAGACGAAGCCUCAAUUUCUCGAGAUGAGAGAACCACAGAUCACACGGCGGGCGAGCAGAAAGAAUCGCGUCCGGCGAAACAAGACGCUCGCUUCCGGGGGCUAUUCAAACCUGCAGAACCUGCGCCUCUUCGGCCUGCUUCUCCGCCCAAGGAGAUGGCACCAGCAGAUGGGGACGCUGAGCCUGCCUUGCACGCUGCCACGGGUGCCCUUUAUAUCGAUGGUAUUAUGCGCCCGCUCCAACCUGCUGCGCUGCGAAACCAUCUGAUCAGCCUUGCCUCCGCCCCUGGUGGCUCUCCCAAUCCGGGCAUAAUCCGGGAAUUCUACCUGGACCCGAUCAAAACACACUGCUUUGUCAGUUUUGCCAACAUCGCGGCAGCUUCACGGGUCCGUUCUUCCCUGCAUGGGAGCGUGUGGCCCAACGAGCGUAACCGCAAGAGCCUAUGGGUGGACUUCAUUCCCGACCAGCAAAUCCAAGACUGGAUCCGGACGGAGGAAGCGUCUCGUAACCGGCCCGGACCUCCGGUACGCUGGGAAGUGCAAUAUGAAUCUACCGAAGACGGCACCAUAGCUACACUGUCCGAAGCGGGACCAAAUGGCUCUCGUUCGGCUCCCUCCCGACCCCGCGAACCAGGGUUCAAUCGCACUCCCCCGCUGGGGCCUCGCGGCAGCGUCUCUCAGAUAGACCGACGCCCCUCUAACGUCCCCGCGCCUGCAGCUCCCUCAUCACGACCCGGACAGGGCUUCAAGCCUCUGGACGAGCUGUUUGAGUCGACGACCGCUAAGCCCAAGCUCUACUAUCUCCCUGUGCCGCGGCGAGUGGCGGACAAGCGACUGGACCAAUUUGAUGAGCUAUUGCGGAAGGGCCCAUUCCCGCGCCGUGGCGGCGAUGAGAUGCGCCGCUUCACCUUUGAAGACGAGGAUUACUUUGUGGACGGUGGGCCGGAAUACAGCGCCCAGGCUAUCCGUCGCCGCCAGGCCCGUGGUGGACGGAUGGGUGGCAUGCGACGAGACUGA